GGCAGAGGCUGUGGGUUCUGCAGAGUUCUGCCUGGUCCCUUCCCAGGACAGAGAACUGCCCCCAUCUCUUGCUCCUCAGUCUCAGCCUGAGAUACUGGAAGCGGCACCUGGAGGCUCAGUAGGGCAGGGAGUUGACAGUGGCAGAUAGAGAGAGGUGUGUGUGUGUGUGUGUGUGUGUGUGUGUGUGUGUGUGUGUGUGUGUGUGUGUUGGGGGUGAGGGGUGGGGGCGUCUGGUGAGAGGCUUAAGCUAGAUAAUGUAAGGGGUUGGGCAGCUCACGUGAUUCCAGGAAGGCGGAGACAGGCUAGCUGGAGGGACGACUGACAGGCCGCUAGGAGGGGUGCAGGAUAGGGGGGGCAAUCUGAAUAAUUGAGGAGCUGUUCGGCAGCAGCGGCUGCCUCCUGCCUUCCUUUACCACCACCACUCCGCAUCAUAGUGGGAGAGACAGAGCCUGGCGCUGUAAGUGCGGACCGGCCACCAGUCCCAGCAGCCAGUUCAUCACCUUCAGCCCUCUGACAUUCAUGCCCAGGAGAAGACUACUUUCAGUUCCUCUGGACCUUUCCUAAAAGGGAGCUCUCUGCUCACUAGAUGAGUUCCAGAAGCAUCCACUAAGGCUCCCAUCGCCCUCUUCCAUCAGUUGGCCUUCACCACAACCCACAUCGCUCAGGAUGAGUGGCUUCCUCGCGUCGCUGGACCCCCGGAGAGUGCAGUGGGGGGCCGCCUGGUAUGCCAUGCACUCCAGGAUCCUGCGCACCAAACCGGUGGAAUCCAUGCUGGAGGGGACUGGGGCCACCACAGCACAUGGCACCAAGCUAGCCCAGGUGCUCACCACCGUGGACCUCAUCUCUCUUGGCGUUGGUAGCUGUGUGGGCACUGGGAUGUACGUGGUGUCCGGCCUGGUGGCCAAGGAAAUGGCAGGACCUGGCGUCAUUGUGUCCUUCAUCAUCGCAGCCGUUGCGUCCAUAUUAUCAGGCGUCUGCUAUGCAGAGUUCGGAGUCCGCGUCCCCAAGACCACCGGGUCGGCCUACACCUACAGCUACGUCACUGUGGGGGAAUUCGUGGCAUUCUUCAUUGGCUGGAACCUCAUCCUGGAGUACCUGAUUGGCACUGCGGCAGGCGCCAGUGCUCUGAGCAGCAUGUUUGACUCCCUGACCAACCACACCAUCAGCCACUGGAUGGUGGACAGUGUGGGAACCCUCAACGGCCUGGGGAAAGGAGAGCAGUCAUACCCGGACCUUCUGGCUCUGGUGAUCGCGAUUGUCGUCACCAUCAUUGUCGCACUGGGGGUGAAGAAUUCUGUGGGCUUCAACAAUGUGCUCAACGUGCUGAACCUGGCCGUGUGGGUGUUCAUCAUGAUUGCAGGCUUCUUCUUCAUCAGUGGGAAGCACUGGGCUGGAGGCCAGUUCUUGCCCCACGGCUGGUCAGGGGUGAUGCAAGGAGCAGCCACAUGUUUCUAUGCUUUCAUUGGCUUUGACAUCAUUGCCACCACCGGAGAGGAGGCCAAGAAUCCCAACACAUCCAUCCCGUACGCUAUCACCGCCUCCCUCAUCAUCUGCCUGACAGCCUAUGUGUCCGUGAGCAUGAUCUUAACUCUGAUGGUGCCAUAUUACGCCAUUGACACAGAAUCCCCACUCAUGGAGAUGUUUGUGGCUCACGGGUUCUAUGCUGCAAAAUUCGUAGUGGCCAUCGGGUCAGUUGCAGGACUGACAGUCAGCUUGCUGGGCUCCCUCUUCCCAAUGCCGAGGGUCAUUUAUGCCAUGGCUGGUGAUGGGCUCCUUUUCAGGUUCCUGGCUCAUGUGAGCUCCUACACAGAGACCCCAGUGGUGGCCUGCAUCGUGUCAGGGUUCCUGGCAGCCCUUCUCUCCCUAUUAGUCAGCCUGAGAGACUUGAUUGAGAUGAUGUCCAUCGGCACUCUCCUCGCCUACACUUUGGUCUCUGUCUGCGUCUUGCUCCUUCGAUACCAACCAGAGAGUGACAUUGAUGGCUUUGUCAAGUUCUUGUCUGAGGAGCACACAAAGAAGAAGGAGGGCAUUCUGGCUGACUGUGAGAAGGAAGUUUGUUCUCCUGUGAGUGAAGGGGAAGAAUUUUCCGGCCCAGCCACCAACACAUGUGGAGCCAAGAACUUACCAUCUUUGGGAGACAAUGAGAUGCUCAUCGGGAAAUCAGACAAAUCAACCUACAACGUCAACCACCCCAACUACGGCACCGUGGACAUGACCACAGGCAUAGAAGCUGACGAAUCUGAAAAUAUUUAUCUCAUCAAGUUAAAGAAGCUUAUUGGGCCCCGUUACUACACCAUGAGGAUUCGGCUGGGCCUUCCAGGCAAGAUGGACCGGCCCACAGCAGCCACGGGGCACACAGUGACUGUCUGUGUGCUCCUGCUCUUCAUCCUCAUGUUCAUCUUCUGCUCCUUCAUCAUCUUUGGUUCCGACUACAUCUCAGAGAAGAGCUGGUGGGCCAUCCUUCUGGUUGUUCUGAUGGUGCUGCUGAUCAGCGCUCUGGUGUUUGUGAUCCUGCAGCAGCCAGAGAACCCCAAGAAGCUGCCCUACAUGGCCCCUUGUCUCCCCUUUGUGCCUGCCUUUGCCAUGCUGGUGAACAUAUAUCUCAUGCUAAAGCUCUCCACCAUCACAUGGAUCCGGUUUGCAGUCUGGUGCUUUGUGGGUAUGCUCAUUUAUUUUGGAUACGGCAUCUGGAACAGCACCCUGGAAAUCAGCGCCCGAGAAGCAGCCCUGCACCAAAGCAUGUACCAGCGCUACGACGUGGACGACCCCUUCUCGGUGGAGGAGGGUUUCUCCUACGCCACAGAGGGCGAGAGCCAGGAGAACUGGGGCGGGCCAGCGGAAGACAAAGGCUUCUAUUACCAGCAAAUGUCAGAUGCGCAGGCAAACACCCGGACAAGCAGCAAAGCGAAGAGCAAAAGCAAACACAGACAGAACUCAGAGGCCCUGAUUGCAAACGAUGAGUUAGAUUACUCUCCAGAGUAGGCGGGAACAUGCAAGAAAUGUAGAAAUGAUGAUGAUUUAUUUUCAGUAACUUAACCUGUGGGCUAGAAGGUGGAAACUUCUUGGGCUCUCAUUUCAAAAAUCCAGCCGUCCCCGAAGUUAGUCCCCAGUCAUAGCCUGUCAUUUGCCACCUCUGCUCUUCAGGACAGUUCUGUCGAAGGGUUUAACCAGGGUCCCAUACUGGUCCCCUUGUUAAAAAAAAUUAAACAAGAAGCUACAAGAAAUUCUAUCUUAGGUGCAACCAUCAGAGCUGAUGGCAGCAAAUGUUUCCCAGGCCUUUGCUUUGCUGGUUGAAUCUUUUUGGCUUCUUACUAUGACCCCAAGAAGCAGGGUCUUGGGCCACACUGAGGCUGCAGCUACUCCUGGAGUUGUGCCGAAGCAGGUGGGGGGUGGGCACAAGGCAGCAUUUCAACCACCUGAGACCAUGAGGGCACAGCUCUAUUCUCAGUAUGCUAGGCUGAGAGUCAUUCCCCAAAGCCAGGUGGCAUUUGGCACUUCCUCAGCUAAGCAGGCAACAUUUUGUCCUGAAAUCUCACAAAAACAAAUUCAAUGAGAUGCAUACUUCUUUUUAUGCGCCAAGGUUCUCACGGGUCACCAAACCAGAACUUUAGGAUGUGGCAAAGGUCAGGGACUCUGAGACCAGGACCCUAAAGAUUUCAGACUCACUGUAAAGCAGUCAUGCAGACCCAAUAAUAUGGUAAGAAGCACCAUCAACGCUCUACCUAAAUGCCCAG